UUAUUAUAAUAUUGUAUAUUGUAGUAAGCUUGAAAACUGUGGAGAGUAUUAACGCAGAUCAGAUGUCAGGACGCUUUAGGGGGUUCAAGCAAAAGUACAAAGUAGACAUAGAGAACAUGAGGGUAAAACGUGAUGAAAGGAAGAACAAAUAUUUACAAAACACGAGAACUCUGGAUAUAUCGGAGAUGUUUACCUCAGCUCGUGAUUUGCUAAAGGAGAAACACGAGUUUCUUGAUGUUUCCUGUCCCCUAUUGAAUCAGCUGCUAGGUGGAGGCCUGCGUAGAGGAGCAAUUACUGAAAUAUGCGGAGCUAGCAGCUCAGGAAAAACACAAGUUUGUCUACACAGUACUGCAUCUAUUGUACUGCAGGGAAAACCGGUUGUUUAUUUACAAACAGAAGGUGGCGGGUUCCCAAUAAACAGACUGGAGCAAAUGAUUCAGCAAAGGGAAAAAAUGAACUCUUCCUUUGGGCAAUCAUCCUCAAGAGCCUCCACUUCAACCUCAUCUACAGCCUCUGCCUCUUCCUCCAUACUCUCAUCUAGUCUGGACAGAGUUUUAGUUCAGAAAGUAGUAAACUAUACACAACUAGAGAGAAUACUGGACACAGAGCUGGAAUCUAUUAUAAAGGAGAAGGGCGUAGUUCUCGUGAUAAUUGACAGUAUUGCUGCUAUUUUAAGAGGAGAUAGUGAUAUCAAAGAUAUGUACCAAAGAAGUAAGCUAAUACACAGGAUAGGUGGAAGACUGAAGGAUAUUAGCUUGAACCUGAAUAUCAGUAUUCUAGUAGUAAACCAAGUAUCUGCUGCUAUAGACUAUCAUGGAUUCACAGGCGGCAGAACAGUUGUUCCAGCACUAGGUUAUCUUUGGACGAACUACAUUAACACCAGAUUAUUUUUGACGAAAACUGAUUUUGUUGUGAGUUGUUCAGCACUUCCUUGUUUGACAUCAGACACUAUACUAAGAUGUUUGGAGGUUGAUUUCUCCUCGGAUAUCCCUGAAGAUUUUAUAAACUUUGUGGUUCUUCAAUCUGGAAUAUCAGGGAUUAGGAUUACAGAGUAAAUCAUGAUCCAAGAUAGAUUUGGUUUUUGAAAAUUAAUUUUAAUUAUAAUUCGUGUUUAAAACUUAAUUGUGAUAUUAAUGUUACUGUUACUGUUUAAAAAAUAUACACAAUUUUUUGACAAAAUUUUAAAAAAAAUUGUAGUAUUUCGUAUUUGUUUAAGUUACCUUUUUUUCUUCUUUUUUUAAAAAUCUUUUGGUGAAAUUGCUGGGUUAUCCACAAAGAAUGAUUCUGGAAAGAUGACUUCAAAUUUUAUCUUCUUGUUAAAUAAUAUUUUGUUGUCUACAUUUUAUAAAUAAAGUUGUCAUCUUCAUAAACUACAUCCAAAUAAAACAGAAGCUUGAAUUAUAAAUUUAGAACUAUAAAACUCUAGAAUUGGAGGACGACAUUUGUACUCAAGUUAUGACUGUAAAUAGUCCAAUUAGCACGUUACAAAGGAAUUUUGCACUUGCAUUGUAAACAGACCCAUUUCAUUAAGUAAGUGAUUUAACUUUUUUUUUUACUAAUGCGACUCUUUGCUGCGUAACAAUAUCAAAUACACUCGAUUGUUAAUGUUGUCUUCCUUCUUCACGAUCUGGUUCUCACUGUGGUAUGAUUAAGAAUAAUAUCCAAGUCGUCUUUACAUUCUUAUUCGUAGCGGGGAACCUUGUAUUAGUUUAACUCUCAUAAACAUUAAUUAAUUGAUAAAAUAUAUAUAUAUUUCAAAGAA